AACUGAGAAAAAUGAAAAUCGUGUCCGUGUGUGUGGUUGCUCGAGUGCCAAAAUGAAUUUAUUCUUUGUUUAGCGUCCCACUAGUAGGAGUAGGGUCUGCGAAUUAAGUGUAUAUGGAACAAUGGAGCCCGAGGGGACCACCAGUAGCCCCAUUUCGAAGGGGUGUGGCAACAAUACCACCGAAAUUAAUGUGCAAGUGAGCCCCACCACCGGAGGCGAUUUUUCUAUAGGCGUAGACGCGAACAGUUCCGUGGAAAACUUGAAAAAACUCAUUGGAAAAAGACUGAAAGUGCCCAGGGACAAAAUAUGCCUUUUGUUUAGGGAUAAGCAAUUGCAAGAUGGUAACUUAUAUCAGUAUGGUAUCACAGAGGGAUCCAAAAUCACAAUUCUUCCCAAUGUGGAGACUGGCCUUAUAAAUCAGCGCCCCGAGAUAGGAAUCAUGCAAGCCCUGGAAUCAUUGAACGAUACUCAAGUGAAUGAAUUCUUGUGCGGCAAAGCACCACUUAAUUUAAGUAUGCGCUUAGGGGAUCACAUGAUGCUCAUUCAGCUGCAACUCAGUACGGUUGCUUCAUCUUCAAGCAAAACACCAAAUUGUGCCCCACUAGUACAAUCUCCAGGACCUCCCAGUUUGUUACAAGCCAGUAAAAACUUGCAACACACUUUGAGAAAAUUAUCCGCUGAUAUUUUCACUGGCCGAGAAAGAACAACCAGAAGCAGAGCAGCAAGUGGGCGCCGAGAAAAUGUCUACUCUGGCACGUUCAGCGGAGCCCUAAGUCCCACUUUACAGGAUUCCAGGGGCCGGCCCAGACGAGAUGUGGCCACAAUUGUUCACAUUCUAAACGAUCUCUUAUGUUCAGUGCCUGAACUUCGACGCAACAUCCAAAACAGAGGGGGUAGCGAAGAAGCCAACAAUAUACCUCCUUCUGAAGACGUUCUUUGUUCUGACGAAGUAUCUUCGACAACUUUGGACGAACCUGGUUGUUCUUCUAGUUGUCCUGUCUUUCCUCUUCCUGCUCAAGAUGAAAAUUCAGUGACAAGAAACAAAUUAGAUCAACUUCGAUUGGUGAUGGGUGAAAGACGGGAGAGACGGAGACUGCGCAAAGCCAAGCCCUACGUGCUGCCCACACAUCAGCAAACCGAUGCCGAUACCGUAAGCGCAUAAAUUAAGCGUUAAUAAUACCUUUAAGUUGGUAGCUAGCGUGAACUAUUUUAAGGGUACGUCCAGCUUCAGACUGAGCUUUUUGUUAAAAAGUUUUAAUUUAAUUUUCUUUUGACAUCAAGCAAUAGAAUGCAAUUUCAUUGAUAUAUCACAGUUUUAAUGUGUACUUUAUAUUUUUGUUUUGUAAUAAUGUUUUUCUAGGACUCUCAGUGCUUUGGGACAAAAAAUAUAGUUUUUGUCUCAGGAGACUCUGCUAGAAAAAGUAUGUUACUCAUUUCCCUUGUCAAUAAUUAUUAUUUUCUGAGGAUUAAAUCUGUUGUUUUUGCCAAAAGCUAAACAAUAUUCCAUUUAUCAUUUUUAAUUGGAGUGGUUAUUUUUUCCCUAUCUAACAUAGGCUGGUCCACACUUGAACAAUUUGCCAAAUAAGUCAAUUAAUAAUAAUAACCCAUAAAAUAUUUAAUAACAAUAACUAUUAAAACUCAAACGUCUAAUUAACAGAAGUAAUUAAAUAUUUUGUACUUAGUCUAAAUUUAAGUAAAAACUCAAAAAAAAUAAAUAUAUAGCAACAUAUGUUAUUAUAUCAUUUUCCACUUCAACUGUGGUAGUGAAGGAAAAAAUUAACUUAAUAUUUCUGAUUUUUCAGAGCUGCUGUAGCUCUCUUGCCAUACGGUCCACUACGACACAGCCAAUUAUUAUUGCUCAUCCAACAUAUUAUUCAAAAAAUCUCUUCAAAGUAACUUUUUCGUUCUCAGACGCUAGUCGCAAUAUACUGUUGCUGAUGCUUUCUCCAUUUUGGAAUAUAGAUGUUUGCAGCAAAUGCGUAAUGUCCAACAAUUUGGUUAAAUGCAUAUAUAAAUUAUUAUUAUUAUUUAGGGAUUUUUAACACUAACCGUAUAAAUACGAUGAGACUGUUUUUGGUAAUAACCUCCAGUGGACGGGACCUACAGUUAACUCGGAGUGCUUCCAAACCACAGUUCCACACCUUGACACUUUGAGACACUGUUGUCGCCCUUAAUAAGAGGCUAUUUCAACUUUUCGUUUUGGUGUUAAUGUUUUCAAGCACAAAGCCAUCAAAUCUGUAGCUACACUGAAAAUGUUCGAGUUUCUCCUAUCCUUCAAAAAACACGUUCUAGGAAAUUUUCUAUUGUUUGAUCCAUAUUAACGCGCCACAAAGUCUUCUUUGCAACAGAUUUCACCUAUGUGAAGCGGAGUUGAACUAUUGGUAUUCUGGGUAUUCAUAACAUUAGCCAGUUGCACUUGGUUGAACAAUAGCAACAUUUUAAGUAUGGAAUGUGAUUUUGGCUUCAGACUUCUUGCACUUGACUAAACUUCUCAGUCCGUUGUAAGUUUUUUGGGCUUUCACAUUAUCUUCACCGAUUUUUACAACCGGCUGAUUUAAGGAGUCUUUUUGUUGUGUAUUAUUGUUGGCUAAAAAAGAUGUACUUUCUCAGGUUUUCCUUACUUAUAACAUAGAUAUGUAUUAAGUAACAAAAAUAAAUAGUGUAACAAAUUUCCGUGGGCCAGCCUGCAUUAAUUAUUGUAAUUAAUAAAAAUUAUUUUGCAUUUAAGUUUCUAGUUUAUAAAAUAUGUAUAAGUUGUUUCUCGAGCUAGAUUAUAAAACAUUAUGCAUACUAUUAAUAUAUAAAUAUAACUAAUUUUUUUACUAUUCUCACAAAUAUUUGUAUACAUAAUUAUAUUAUUUUUAUUUUAGUUUAAAGAGGUGAUCAUUGAUAUUGUGAUCGAUUUUAGUUUUUGUUUCCUGUUUAUAGUUAUCGUUUAUGUUUAAUAAAGUAUUUUUAAAGUUAUGA